GCCUAUAAAGCUCGGGCACAGGCGGGAGACGUGCACUGCCCGAUUGUGGCAAUGGACCAGUACACAAUUGAUGUGGAGAAUACCAGGGAUGCCGGACAUCCAUCAGUUACUGCGCGCCCCUCUGAUGCGGCGCUCCUCAGAGACACCGGGCUCUCCGCGGACGCUGCGCUCCUCGCAGAUACUGUGCGCCCCACAAUCGCCGCGCUCCGCACGGAUGCUUCGUGCCCUGCAGUUAAUGUUCGGGAUCCCAAGACCGCGUGGCCGCCUGCCCUGCACUUCUGUUCCCGCCAUCCGAGGCUCUCCGGCCUAGGCGCCUUGGUAUUGCUGCUUCUGGUCGCCUGUGUCCCUAUCUUCACCCGCACCCAGUCUCGGCCGGCGCUCACAAUCACCACCUCGCCCGACCUGGGCAUCUCAGAGAAUAUUGCAGACCAGGUCACCCCUGUUCCCCACAUUGGCUGCCCCAACACUACAAAACAGGGCUUUCCCGUGUUUGCCAAGCUACUGGCUAAAAACCAAGCAUUGUUGAGCAAUACGACUCUGAACUGGCACAGCCAAAAUGGAGCCGGGAGCGUGUACCUGUCUCACGGUCUGAGGUACGAGGAGGACAAGAGGGAGCUGGUGGUGGACAGUCCUGGGCUCUACUACGUAUUCUUGGAACUGAAGCUUCAUCCAACAUCCACAAACACAGGCCACCGGGUGCAGGGCUGGGUCUCUCUUGUUUUGCAAGCAACGCCUCAAGUAAAUGACCUUGACAACUUGACCCUGACAGUGGAACUGUUUCCUUGCUCCAUGGAGAACAAACUAGUGGACGGUUCCUGGAGUCAUCUGUUGUUUCUGAAGGCUGGCCACCGCCUCAGUGUGGGUCUGAGGGCCUAUCUUCAUGGAGCCCAGGACGCAUAUAGAGACUGGGAGCUGUCUUAUCCGGAUACCACCAGCUUUGGACUCUUUCUUGUGAAACCUGACACUCCACGGGAAUGAAUUCUUAUUCACAUGGUAAUGCACAUGGGUACUCUCAGCUACCCUUCUUGUGACCCCUGGUUGCUAAGUCCUCAAGCUGCUAUAUCUCAUGGGGCCUCGGCAGGGGUCCUCUCCUCCAGGACUUUCCUCUUGUCUUUAACUGGACUCAGUAUUUAUUGUGAGCAUAGCUCAGACAAGACUUUAUAAAAUUCAUUGGAUAGCAUUAGCAAACUGCUGGGCAGCUGCUAG